AUGGGCUGGGUAUACAACCUCCACGAGACCGAUCCAAACAGCGAUAUUCCGCGAGUGAUCGGGGUCUGCUUGGUAUGCUCAAUUCUAGCCUUUCUGGCCGUAUGCCUGCGAUUUUACGUGCGAAUAAGCAACAAGCGCUCUCCAUGGAUUGAUGACUAUGCGGUGCUGGCGGGUUCGCUGUUAACGUUAGCAUACGCAGGAGUCGCCGUGGCUCAGACACGAUGGGGCCAAGGACUUAGCGCAGCCUAUUUUCCAAAGGAGAAUGUUAUUCCUUUUAGCAGGAUCCAAUACGCCGGCGGCCCGAUCUACUGUCUCGCUGUCCUCGGCUUCAAAGUCGCGUUGUUGACCUCCUACCUGCGCAUUGCGGGGAUUAUCGAGCGAUAUCGCAAAAUCAUAAUUGUCGCCAUCGUCGUCUGUGUCAUUAACCAAUUGAUCUUCACCUUUAUCAUAUCAAUCUCCUGCAUACCGGUAGCAAAACAAUGGGAUAAUUCUCUCGAGGGGCAUUGCAUCCAAACGAUACCAUUCUACUUUGCCCUUGCAGGCACAAGCAUCGUGUUAGACCUGAUAAUCAUAGCACUGCCUCUGCCAGUCCUUUGGAAACUCCAGCUCCGCCUCAAACAAAAAGCCCUUCUAGCCGGCCUGUUUGCUCUCGGCUUUUUCGUGACCGUGAUCCAGGUCAUCCGAAUCUUCACAGUCAAGGACCUGACAACCUACACCGACAGCAAGAAUAUCGUGAUCUGGUCUUGCGUGGAGACCAGUCUGGGCGUUAUCGUCGCCUGCAUUCCCACCUACGGGCCUCUGUUCAAGUCCUUCGCUUCCACUGUCACGUCAUACCGAAACCGCGACACUUCGCGUACUUAUGCGCUUGGCUCUGUUCGCCAAGGCACGGGGACUGGAUCGGGCCUUGCGCGCAAAAAGAGCAAUUUCGAGCCUAUACAUGAGUCCGAGGGGCGCCAGGUUACCGAUAUUCGAUCCGGGGCGCAGACGAACGAUGGGGAUAGCGAGGAGCAUAUAUUGUCGGAAGCGGAGAACUUAAAGGUAUAUGUGACUUCGGAAUUUACAGUUAGAUCUGGCACUGCCCUUUGA